AUGGCGUACCGACGGGAAGCGAGGCCGAAGAGGCCAUAUUUUGUCGAUCGAGUCGAUGGAAACUCCCGCCGGUCGGGCCGGGAUCUCUCGGGACGCAAUCCGGAAGAUGAUUCCACGUUCGUGGAGACGAUCGAUGGAGACUUCCUCGAAGCUCUAUGUGACGAGAGGUACUGCAAUGCGACGUGGGAUCAGGUGUCGUGUUGGGCGCCGACGCCGGCGGAUUCCGUCGUCCAACAACCCUGCCCUCCCGCCCGAGGAAGCGACUAUUCCCGGCACGCCUUCCGAGUGUGUCUCUCGGACGGGACGUGGAUGGGUAAAGGCGUCGAAGACAAGACCCGUCCGAACGGCUGGACCAAUUACACCGCCUGCUUCGUCCCCGAGGCGAAGCAACUCCUCGAACAACUCUACUCUGGAACUCCCGAACAGGCACAGGCGGAGCUCGACGGUGACCCGGACCUCGAAGGAUCGUUCUUCGGAUCCGAACGAACGGACGGAAUCGGUCGAGACCGGAGCUCGGAGAGAGACGGCAGGAAGUCCGAGCCCGUGUCGGACGGAAAGCAUGCCUCGAAACGUGCUCCAAGAGACUCUUUGAUGAAGAUGCAGAUCGCGAAGGCAUCUCGGAUCUUGGAAAUGGUCGGUCUCUUCGUUUCCCUCAUCACACUCCUCUUUUCCAUCUCCAUCUUCAAAUACUUCAGGAAACUCCGGAACAACCGAACGCGAAUCCACGGGAACCUGUUCAUCGCCAUGUUGAUUCAGGUCCUCAUUCGAUUGAUGCUGUACAUCGACCAAGUGAUCGUGAGGAAAGACGACACCGGCAUCCAUUCCGGCAUCAAGCACGAGAUGAACGGCAUCGACAACACCCCGUACGUGUGUGAGGUGUUUUACAUCCUGCUGGAGUACGCGAGGACGGCCAUGUUCAUGUGGAUGUUCAUCGAAGGCUUAUACCUGAAUAAACUCAUCUCCGUCGCCUUCUUCCAGCGCCCGCAGAGUUACAAGCUCUACUAUUUCCUCGGAUGGGGGUUGCAUCGUUGCAACACAGCAGGAAUCAUACUCCACAAUACGUACAUCAAGUUCCCCAUCGACUGUAAUGAGGGCGACGAUGCUGAAGGCUAA